CAGAACUAAAGCUAUCAGACUGGUUUCAUCCCACUCUUAAAAAUAUGAUUGGGGCAUGCCAGUCUUAGCACCACCUUUACAUCUUUGAAACUAAAGGUAAAGUAGCUCUUCAGGAAGGAACUAUAUGAAACUGUGGACGAUCAUGGCACAAAUCAUAGAGGGACUGAAUUCUAAAAGAAGUAUGCUGAUACUGAUUUUAUCUGGUUUAUCGAUAACAUUGAUGGAGUAUCAUUUCAGCAUAAAGAAUCACCUACAGGAGAUGUACGUCUGCUGGAACAAUCAAGUGGAAGAACCUCAGCUCACAGCCUGGUUUAAUCCUAAAAAACGUCCUGACGUUAUAACCACAACUGACUGGCUUGCUCCAGUCAUAUGGGAAGGAACUUAUGAUAGACAGAUCUUGGACGAAUAUUAUAAGAAGCUGAAUAUUACCAUAGGCCUAGCUGUAUGUGCUUACGGAAAAUUUAGAGCUCAGUAUCUGAAACAGUUUUUAAAAUCCGCUGAUCAGCACUUUAUGGCUGGCUACAGAGUUAUCAUUUACAUCCUGAUGGAUGAUUUCAACAAGCUACCUUACGUAGAGCUGGGACCCCGCCGAACAUUUAAAGUGCUCCCUCUAUUGCAGCCUGACACGGGACAAGCCUCUUAUCUCAACUAUAUGAACAGAUUGUAUGAAUUCCUUAAAGAUGACAUCCAGUACGAAGUCAACUUUCUCUUCAUCAUGACGACAAAUCAAAUAUUUAAAUAUGACUUUGGAGUGGAAACCCUCGGCAGGUCUGUAGCUCAAAUUGAUGCAAGGUGGUAUUUUAAAAAAACUCACAAUUUUUCAUAUGAGAGAAGAGCAAACUCAGCAGCUUUCAUCCCCUUUGGAGAGGGAGAUUUCUAUUACCAUCCUGCCAUUUUAGGUGGUACACCCCUGGAGAUUUCAACCCUCAUUAAACAAUACUUAGACGGAAAUAUGCGUGACACUGCAAAUAAACUCACCAGCCUCUAUGAAAGCCACCUAAACAAGUACUUUUUUGACCAUAAACCCACUAAGCUGUUAUCACCAGAAUACAACUGGGAUCCAAAUUUUGAAACUCCUCCACAAAUUAAACAUGUUAAGAUAGUGUGGCAAUCAAAAAUGUCUUGAUGGUUGUACUACUCGGUUUAUCGACUAACAAGUGAAUCACAGUAAUUUCUCAAAUAUAAAAUGAGAAAUUUUCCAGUUUUUUAAAGAAACUUAAGAGAUGUACCUUUUCCAAAAUAAAUGUUUUUCUCCUUGCAA